UCUCUUGGCUUCCUGGCCGCUCCCGAGUUCACCAACCCCGCAUACGGCGACUUCAAUGCCAGGCUCAGGGACCAGAUCCAGGCACUCAAAUGGGUGAAGUCAUACAUCAGUAAAUUCGGGGGCGACCCAACCAAUGUCACCAUCAGCGGGCACAGUGCCAGUGGGGCCUCUGUGGAGCUACACACGGUUGUCGACAAGAGCAAAGGGCUUUUUUCUCAUGUUAUUGCACAGAGCGUCAGUAGGUCGGCCCUUCCCACCCCUAAGCAACAGCAGCCCCUCUUUGAAUCCUAUACAUUGCUUGCAGGAUGUGAAAAUGGUUCUGUAGCAGAUCAAAUGAAAUGCCUCCACGGUGCAAACAUUAGCACACUUGCAUUUGCACAGGAUAAUGCACUCCAUAGAGACUUUGGAUACAUACCCAUCGUGGACGGCUUACUGAUUACUGGACACCCUACGACAAAGUUCCAGUGUGGUGAGUUCACUCAUGUCCCGCUUAUAGUUGGCUCAGCAUCCAACGAGACUCUUUCCUUAUCGCCGAACCUCGAUAUCUCUACGGGACUUAAGGCAUUUUUCCCGUCAUUGACAGACACAGACAUUCAGCAGUUCUUGUGGUUAUAUCCAAUAGAUGACUUCGAUUCUAAGAUUCAGCAGUUCCAAGUGGCCACAGGCGAACCUGAUGUGAUAUGCGCUGUAAGUCUAAGCCUCACGCUACUGCCAUGGGCAACCCAUCCUCACUAUUCAAAUACUUGGACUUAUUGGUACAACAUGCCUGACCCAAUGUUGAAUACCAAAUAUGUCACACAUGCUGCUGAGAACUGGAUGAUGUUUAAUGGCACUACCACUGGUCCCAAUGGCACCAGCACAUUUGACCCACAGACAAAUGCCCAAAAAGCAUUUGCUUCCGAACUCAUUGCUUACUGGCUUUCCUUCGUGCGCACUGGCGAUCCGAAUACUUAUAAGCUGGACAAGUCUCCCAUGUGGGAGAAGUACUCAGAGUCCAAACUAGUCCGGAUGGUUCUGACACAGCAAAUCUCGGCCACUGAGAGUGGUAACGAAAUGGAGAACUUGCCUCCUGUGGAGUUUGUCAGAUGUGCAUUUGCAAUUAGCAAGGCAGAGGCUUGUCAACAUUAGGUAGGAUCGUAGUGACCUGUGCAUGGUGCCCGAGCAGCCUGGGGAGAAGGAAGCAGUUGUGGUCAUGGAUAUAUGGAGAUUUUGAGAGUGAAGCAGAUUCAACGCCCAACUUGAAGCUGCAGUAGAAUGCAAUAUCUGGGGUUGGUCGGUGAGCGCC